ACGAGGCCCCGCCCUUUCCGGCGCUCUCUGGGCCGCUUUUCCCGUCACUCCCCGCGAGGCCCGGCUUUUGGGGUCACCUUUCCGAGCCUUUGGCCUUCCGCUGUUCUCCGCUGCCGGCCCAGGCUCCCGCGCGCGGUCCUUUGCAGAAACCAGUCACGAUGUUACAGAACUUGAUGAAAUCUGUUUGGACUCCACUAAAGCCCUACUAUACCCAGGUUUACCAGGAGAUCUGGGUAGGAAUGGGUGUGAUGGGGUUAAUUGUUUACAAAAUCAGAAGUGCUGAUAAAAAAGCCAAAGCUUUGAAAGGUACAGAUUCAGCUGCUCCAGCUCAUGGACAUCAUUAACUGAAUUUACUUUAGGAUUAUGCAUGAUGUGAAACAUCAGGCUGGCUGUAAAUUUGGGCAUUUGACAGUAGAAGAAAGAAUGCAAGGAUUUCCCAUAUUAACUUUUAGACUUUUGUUCAUAUCAUGAAAUAAAGUCAUAUAUGUAUACAAGGUGA